AUGGUCGUGCUCCAGAUGGGCUCUGGACCAAUUGGUCAUGCACGAGUAUCAGUGUUCCACAAGAAUAACAUUGGGCCACCAUGUGGUAACAGAUAUGCACUGUUCGUGGAAGAGGAGUGGGUUGAUGAUGGUGUAGCUCUGAUUCCAGGUGUAGACGUUAGUCUCAGGGCAGAGCCACUGCCAUUAGCUAAUGGAAACAAUCUGAUUAGCCAGGAAAUGCAGUCAGCAAACAAGGGGUUGCAUUGCUUGAGUUCUCUCUCAUGGGUACACAACCUUAAUCUCAUCAACAACCGCUGCUGCUGCCACCAACACAGCCAUCUCUGCAUUGCUUGA